GUCGUUCCCUAAUAGAGUGGGUGUCACCAGGGUUCGUCUAUAAAACACAGUUGAAGGACUGGAGUAACACUUUCCAGAAGGACAGAUAGCCAGCCGUCUUACCCCGCCGCUCAGCUUUCAAGAUGUCCAUCACUAAGAUCCAUGCCCGGGAGAUCCUGGACUCCAGAGGAAACCCGACUGUGGAGGUGGACCUCUACACAGCUAAAGGUCUUUUCCGGGCUGCUGUACCCAGCGGUGCCUCUACUGGUGUCCAUGAGGCUCUGGAGCUCCGCGAUGGAGAUAAGUCACGCUACCUGGGCAAAGGUACCAUUAAAGCUGUGGAUCAUGUAAACAAGGACAUUGCUGCCAAACUGAUCGAGAAGAAGUUCAGUGUGGUCGACCAGGAGAAGAUCGACAAGUUCAUGUUGGAGCUGGAUGGGACUGAGAACAAGUCGAAGUUCGGUGCCAACGCCAUCCUGGGUGUGUCCCUGGCGGUCUGCAAGGCUGGUGCAGCAGAGAAGGGUGUUCCCCUGUACCGUCACAUCGCUGACCUGGCAGGACACAAGGAUGUCAUCCUGCCGUGUCCUGCCUUCAACGUGAUCAACGGUGGCAGCCAUGCUGGCAACAAGCUGGCCAUGCAGGAGUUCAUGAUCCUCCCCAUUGGCGCGGCCAACUUCCACGAGGCCAUGAGGAUCGGUGCCGAGGUCUACCACAACCUGAAAAACGUCAUCAAGGCAAAGUAUGGCAAGGAUGCCACCAAUGUGGGAGAUGAGGGUGGCUUUGCGCCCAACAUCCUGGAGAACAAUGAGGCUCUGGAGCUCCUGAAGUCUGCUAUUGAGAAGGCUGGUUACCCAGAUAAGAUCAUCAUCGGCAUGGACGUAGCUGCCUCUGAGUUCUACAAGGGAGGGAAGUACGACCUGGACUUCAAGUCGCCUGACGACCCUGCCAGGUACAUCACUGGAGAACAGCUGGGAGACAUUUACAAGAGUUUCAUCAAGGGUUACCCUGUUCAGUCCAUUGAGGAUCCCUUUGAUCAGGAUGAUUGGGAGCAGUGGGCCAAGUUCACCGCCGCUGUCGACAUCCAGGUGGUGGGUGAUGACCUGACUGUCACCAACCCCAAGCGUAUCCAGCAGGCGGUUGAGAAGAAGGCCUGUAACUGCCUGCUGCUGAAAGUCAACCAGAUCGGCUCUGUCACGGAGUCUAUCAAGGCAUGUAAGCUGGCCCAGUCUAAUGGAUGGGGUGUGAUGGUGUCACAUCGCUCUGGAGAGACUGAGGAUACCUUCAUUGCUGACUUGGUGGUUGGGCUCUGCACUGGACAGAUCAAGACUGGCGCCCCCUGCAGGUCAGAACGUCUGGCCAAAUACAACCAGCUGAUGAGGAUUGAGGAGGAGCUUGGAGACAAAGCAAAGUUUGCUGGCAAGGACUACCGUCACCCCAAGAUCAACUGAACCUUGACCUGGACCCCCCCCCCUUCCCCCAUCACGGCUGACUGUCUGCCCUCCACUUGGGGUCAGAGGUCUGAAGGAAUUCCACUUUUAAGUCUUCAAAUCUCUCUUCCCUACCCACGACUCUUGACUUAAUGUGAGAAAUAAAAUAAAGACAAAAUGUGAAUGUC